GUGUGCUCGCGACCCAUGCUGCAGCUGUUGGUCUUUGGACAGUUCAUCUCUCUCCUGACGUGUGGGACUGGGGUGCUGGCGACGGAGCUUCAGAGCGGAUACGGGGUGAACAUCCCGACAACGCAGAGUUGUCUGAAUUACGUCCUGCUGGCGCUCAUCUUUGGAACCUUGGUGGCGCGACGGGGCCAAUAUUGGACCUGCCUGCGUGAUCGGGGAUGGCGUUACGCCUUGGUGGCGCUGAUCGAUGUUGAGGCCAAUUUCUGUGCCACCAUCGCCUACCGCUAUACCACGCUGACCAGCGUGCAGGGACUUGACUGCUUGACGUUGCCAACGGUGUUAGUCCUCUCCGCCAUCUUUUUGAAAAGCCGCUUUAUUUGGCUUCAGCUGGCAGCGGUGGCCGUCUGCGCAGCAGGAGCUGGUGUCCUGGUGUAUGCAGACUCAAGACACGAUGCUUCAACAGGCAAGUCAUCGAACCGGUUAUUGGGUGAUGGGCUGGUGGUGCUAGCUGCAUUGCUGUAUGGUGUCUCCAAUGUGGUGCAAGAAGGCAUGGUCAAGGCACGGCCCACAGUCGAGUAUCUAGCCUUUUUGGGACUCUUCGGGGCCCUUAUCAGCGGAGUACAAAUGGUCAUACUGGAGCGCGCCCAAUGGCGCCGCAUGGAGUGGAGCCCAGCUGUUGUGGGCUUGGUCUUAGGGUUUGGCUUGGACUUGUUUGGAAUGUACACGCUCGUGCCGGUCCUGCUGCAGCGGAGCAGCGCCGUGUGGAUGAAUCUGUCAUCACUGACAGCCGACGUGUACAGCGUGUUGUUCAGUGCCUUUUUGUUUCACACGCGCUUUUCCUGGCUCUACAUCCUUGGCUUUGUUCUGGUGUUGGCGGGGCUGGCCGGAUACACGGGCCUCUCA